AUGAAGUCUCGCCAUCCUGUCAUGUAUCCAGAUUGGGUCUUAGAACCUGACAACGAGUAUGAAGUCUUCAAUUUGCAGCAAGAUGGAGAGGUUAAUAAUGCUGCUAUUAAUGGGACUAAGAUUGAUAUGGAGUACUUGAAGGCUCGUCAAAUAUCUCUUCUAGAGGCAAUGACCAAUGAUUCUAUAAUAGAUCCUUUCAUUGUGGAUUAUGAGACAGCCAAGGAAUGCAUUGAAACAAACUACUUUGGUGUUAAAAGGGCCAUUGAAGCUCUGCUUCCUUUACUUCCAUCACAAUCUAGGAUUUUGAAUGUCUCCUCCACCUUUGGUGCUCUUGAGAAAUUGAAGGAUGCUUCUUUAAGGGAGAAACUUUCUAGAAUUGAAACUUUAACAGAGGAAUUCAUUGAUAAUUUAGUAGAUAGAUUUCUUGAAGAUGUAAAGAAUGGAAUUUAUCCAAAGAUUAAUAGUGUAUGGCCUGAGAAAUAUGCAAUUUACAGAGUCUCCAAAAUAGCAUUGAAUGCAUAUUCUAGGAUUUUGGCAAAAAGGCUAACACCCACAAAUGAGAAGAAUAUUAUAUAUGUUAACUGUGUGCACCCAGGGUACAUUAAGACAGAUCUAAUAUUAAAUGCAAUGGGAGAAUCUCCUACAGUGGGUGCUACAAAUAUCUUGAGGGUGGCCUUGCUUCCUCCUCCUGAGCUUCUAACAGGACAAUUCUACAUGGAAGGAGAGCUUGGAGAUUUCAUUACAGAGUGGGUUCCUAAUUUCCCAAAAUAAAUUCUA